UGGCAAUAUUUCGAAACUUUUCAUGAUUGGUAGAAAUUUUAGCGGGAAUAGAUUGCGCAUUUUAGGUAUAAUCGCGCCAGAAUUUUUAACAGUGUCAUUCAUCUCUGUCUCGUUAGUUGAAGGCGCGUAAUAUCGGCUGUUAACUCUUUUUAACUUAAACGUAUUAAAAAAUUUAAUUUUACUCCUUAACGAAUUGGUAAAUUAUUUUUGAAAAAUUUGAAACUCGAAAUAUGAAUUCAGUACUACAGGAAAACUACGUGAAUUUGAAAAUAACUGAUAAUCAAGACAAAGAAAAUAAGCAUGAAACUGUGUUAAAAUCUGAAAAAAAGAAAGCCAUCAAAUCUGUGUCAAAGACUACAGAUGAGCCUCUUCUUAGGGAGAAUCCCCGUAGGUUUGUUAUCUUUCCCAUUGAAUAUCAAGAUAUAUGGCAGAUGUAUAAGAAAGCAGAGGCGUCUUUCUGGACCGUUGAAGAAGUAGAUCUAUCAAAAGACUUUUCUGACUGGGAAAAACUGAAAUCAGAAGAAAAACACUUCAUCUCUCAUAUCUUAGCCUUUUUUGCUGCAAGCGAUGGAAUUGUAAAUGAAAACUUGGUGGAACGAUUCAGUCAAGAAGUUCAGGUUACAGAGGCCAGAUGUUUUUAUGGUUUUCAAAUAGCUAUUGAGAAUGUCCAUUCAGAAAUGUACAGCUUGUUAAUUGAUACAUAUGUUAAAGACAAAACUGAAAGGGAAAGGCUGUUCAAUGCGAUCGAAACUUUGCCCUGUGUUAAAAGGAAGGCGGACUGGGCGCUGAACUGGAUCAGUAGCACGAAUGCUUCCUUUGGAGAAAGAGUUGUUGCAUUUGCAGCCGUGGAAGGCAUAUUUUUCUCUGGCUCCUUUGCAUCUAUUUUCUGGUUGAAGAAGAGAGGUCUUAUGCCUGGUCUCACAUUCAGUAAUGAAUUAAUCAGCAGAGAUGAGGGUCUUCACUGUGAUUUUGCCUGCCUCAUGUUCAGUCAUCUAUUAAACAAGCCUUCAGAAAAAAGAGUUGCACAAAUUGUGACAGAUGCAGUUGCCAUUGAACAGGAAUUUCUCACAGAAGCUCUACCUGUCGCCUUGAUAGGAAUGAACAACACACUCAUGAAACAAUACAUUGAAUUUGUUGCAGAUAGGUUGCUUGUAGAGUUGGGUUGUGAAAAAGUGUAUCAUGUUGAAAAUCCAUUUGAUUUCAUGGAACAUAUCAGUCUUGAGGGCAAAACCAAUUUCUUUGAGAAGAAAGUUGGAGAAUACCAAAAGUGUGGAGUUAUGUCAAACAAAGAAGAUCAUGUUUUCACCCUCGAUGCAGAUUUUUAAUUUAUAUGUUUUUUCUCUUUUAUUUAAUUAUUCAUUCUCUAAGGCUUUUAAUGUGUCGUUAGAUCAUCAUUAGAAACAAAUCAUUCUAUUUAAUGUAUAUCAAAGGUUAGCUCACAUUUUUGACAAAAAUUUAUUCAUACCUGACCAAUAAAUUUACUUCAAAAAUGUUCUUUUAUGCCAAUCAUUUGUUAAUAUUAUGUCAUGAAACAUUUCGAAAUUAGACAAAUAAAGUAUUUUAUCUCAAA